UCAUUGCGCUCAGUGUGCAGGCAGCAGCCGCAGGCCAGAGCUCCUUAUCCGUAUUCCCUUUGCCAGAGUGCAUUCCAUAUAGGACAGUCGUUAUAUAGUUGUAGGGCUGCAUGUUGGAUUACUGCUGCUCUGUUCUCAUUCAUUUCGGUUAGUGGAAACGGGAACGUAGUUUUUUUUUUUUUUUGCUUCUGUCAUUUUUCCGUCUGGUUGAAACCUUAGUGCAAUAUUUAUACAUUACCUCCAUUUUCAUUUGCACUUUAUUGCCUUUUUUUUUUUUUUAGACUUUUUCUGUUUAUUUUAGCGAGUCGUGUUUAGCUGCAGGUAAAACAAAACACUUGUGAGGCUGAUUUUUGAGAAGCUAAAGACUUAAUUAAAGAGGACAGAAUGGCUGGAGUCAACUCCCUGGAAGCAGUGAAGAAGAAGAUCCAAGCACUACAGCAACAGGCCGACGAUGCUGAAGAAAGAGCGCAGCUGCUGCAGAGGGAUCUGGACAGUGAACGAGAGAUGCGUGAGAAAGCUGAAGGGGAAGUAGCUGCACUAAACCGCCGUAUCCAGCUUGUGGAGGAAGAGUUGGACAGAGCUCAGGAACGUCUUGCCACUGCUUUACAGAAAUUGGAAGAAGCGGAGAAAGCAGCUGAUGAAAGCGAGAGAGGUAUGAAGGUGAUUGAGAACAGGGCAAUGAAGGAUGAGGAGAAGAUGGAAAUUCAAGAAAUGCAACUGAAAGAAGCUAAACACAUUGCAGAGGAUGCAGAUCGGAAAUAUGAAGAGGUUGCUCGGAAACUGGUUAUUCUUGAGGGAGAACUUGAAAGAGCAGAGGAGCGUGCAGAGGUGUCCGAACUCAAAUGUAGUGAUUUGGAAGAAGAACUGAAAAAUGUGACUAACAACUUAAAAUCCUUGGAGGCACAAUCUGAGAAGUAUUCUGAAAAAGAAGAUAAAUAUGAAGAAGAAAUAAAGAUUUUAACAGACAAACUUAAAGAGGCUGAAACCCGGGCUGAAUUUGCAGAAAGGACAGUGGCCAAACUAGAAAAGUCAAUUGAUGACCUGGAAGACAAGCUGGCAAGCGCCAAAGAAGAAAACUUGGGCAUGCAUCAAGUUCUGGAUCAGGCACUACAAGAACUGGGCAGUUUAUAAUGGAAAACAAGAAACCCUCCAUAUAUCUAAACUAUUCAUUCCUUAAAAUUCUGCCUUCUCGCGUAUUUUUUUUUCUCUUAACAUUCCAGGGAGAAAAGAAACAUAUGCGACCAAAUAUUUUAUUUUUUAAGAGACCUUUUACAAGUAUGAGCCUACAAUCUCAUUUACAAUUGGUGCAUUGUACUUAAUAUCACUUUUUUAUACUAAGGACCCAUGUUCAUUUUAUUCUAGAAUAGCCACAUGUUGUACUGUGUUCCAUCUUCCUUAUGUUACUCUGUUACAAGUCCACAUAAGCAUUGGUAUGAAAAUUUAGCGGAUGGUAGGAAUGUAAGUCCCACCAAUAAAAAAUGAAACAAGGAAA